AAUAUCGCCACUUCCCGGACUGGACUGUGCACAUGAGGUGAUAUUAGUCUCAGCUGAGGACGUGAAUGGCAUCCGGGCCAGAGACGAGACAUGUUCCACACAGAUGAGACCACUGAUGACUCCCAUCCCUCGGCUCUGUAUGGACACGGAGAGUGAGAGCAUGCUGCAUCUGGCAGCGGAGGCUUUCCAGUCGAAAAACUUCGACCUGGCUGCGGAUAUCUACGAGUGCCAGCUGGCGUGCCUCGGAGAUCCGGGGAGCCGCCAGGAGCUGAUGGUGAAGCGGGCCGACGCGCUCGCGUUCGGCGGCAAAUUCACGGAAGCUUUCGACGUGUACCGGCAAGCCUCGGAGAUAGAGAGACUGAGACCCGUUCACCUGGCCAACCUCAUAGGGUACCUGUCUGGUAGCAUCGGAAGGCGAGACGGGGGAGAGAGGCAGCGCAGCGGCAGCGGCAGCGGCGGCGGCUGCGGCGGCGGCACCAGCCCGAGGAGAGGGGAGGACGCAGGGGCCGGGGCCGCGGCUGAGGCGGCUCUGUGCCCCGGCGUGUGCGCCACGGGCUGCGGGUCGGAGGACGACUUCUCCUGCCGGAUAUGCCUGAGCUUUCUGUUCGAGCCCGUGACCCUGCCGUGCGGCCACUGCUUUUGCAAGAAGUGUCUGGAGCGGGAGAGGAAGGAGAAAGGGCGCACGGUGGUGUGCAGGGAGUGCGGGGACAGCUCCAGGGUGGCCGACGUCCAGAGCUACAGGGUGAACGUGGUCCUCAGCAACCUGCUGGCCAAGUGGUUCCCCAGCCUGUACCAGGCCGGCCGGCUGAGGCGAGAGGGCAACGGGCUGUACGCAGAGAGGAGGAUGGAGGCUGCUCUGGAGAAAUACAACCAAGCCAUACAGAUAGCACCGAUGGACCACAUACUGUUCAGCAACCGCUCCCAGAUCCACUCCAGUCUGAAACAGUACGAAAAGGCUCUGAGAGACGCUGAGGUGGCCUGCAGACUCAUGCCGCACUGGUCCAAGGGUCAUUUCCGUAAGGCCCAGGCCCUGGUGUCGCUGGGCAGGACGGAAGAGGCUCUGAGGGAGUACCUGGUCUGCCUGUCCAUUGAGCCGGACUGCAGACUGGCUCAGACUGAGGCUCACAAGCUCCUCAGUGAUCUCCUGGGUCCUGUCACAGAUCAGGUCCCUGAACACAUCUCAGACUACUCCAGCAUACUGUCUUCCAGAGCACACAUCAAAAACAGCAUCAGCGCUGCCUUCCAGAGCCUCCUCCCCGGCUUGUUUUCUUCAGAGUGCAGUCUCGCCUCCAUUCUCCCUCCACCUGAGAACUCGGAGGGGAGUCAGGGAAGGCCGCAAAUCCUCGACCACUGCUUACUCCUCAAGCGGAAACGAAGGAGCACGGAAGAAGAGGUGGAGGGCGGACUUUUGGAGGGGAGUCACAAGAGAUCCAAGCCUGAGCCUGAUUCUUCGAGCGCUGCUGUUGACAACCUCCUGGAUCCGUCAGAUCUGGAGUGCUCUCUGUGUAUGAGACUCUUCUACGAGCCGGUGACCACGCCGUGCGGCCACACUUUCUGUCUUCGGUGUCUGGAGAGAUGUCUGGACCACAACCCCAAGUGUCCACUCUGUAAAGAAGAGCUGUCAGAGUACCUGGUCCAGAGGCAGUACUGUAAGACAGUAUUUAUGGAGAACCUGAUAUCGAAGUAUCUUCCCUCUGAGCUCAUGGAAAGACAGAAGAUCCACCAGGAUGAAAUGGCCGAGCUCUCCAACCUCAACAAGAAUGUGCCUAUAUUCGUGUGCACCAUGGCCUUCCCCACUGUGCCGUGCCCCCUCCAUAUCUUCGAGCCCUGCUACAGGCUGAUGAUACGCCGGUGCAUGGAGACGGGAACCAACUGCUUUGGCAUGUGUCUCGGAGACAACCUCAAAGGAUUCGCUGACUACGGCUGUCUGCUGGAGAUCCGCGACGUCAAGUUCUUCUCCGACGGCCGCUCGGUGGUGGACACGAUCGGCAGACGGAGGUUUAAAGUCAUUCAGCACAGCGAGAGGGACGGGUACAACACGGCUGAUAUAGAAUACCUGGAAGACGUUAAGGUGGAAGGUGCAGCAGAGCAGGAGCUGCAGUCUCUGCACGACACCGUGUACGACCAAGCCCUGGUUUGGGUCAACUCCCUGAAAGCUGAGCAGAAGGAACGCAUUGAAGGACACUUUGGACCCAUGCCUGAGAAAGACUCUGAACUCCAGGCCAGUCCUAACGGUCCCUCAUGGUGUUGGUGGUUGCUAGCCGUUCUUCCUUUAGAGGGCCGGGCCCAGCUCCCGUUCCUGGCCCUCACCUCUCUGAAAGAUCGUCUCAGCGGCAUCCGCAAAGUGCUGCUCUUCAUGGCGCAGAACAGGCACCGGUGAUGUAGAGAUCCCAGUACCCAGCUUUUCCUGCUCUCACUCCACUCCACUCCAGAGCAGCAGUUGACCUGUUGUUCUCACUUCUGAUGCACAAGGAACGGAUGUCGUCGCAGCUUUAGCUGUUGUAGCAUCGAUCUCAUCCGCACGCUGACAGCAAACAAAGAAAAUGUAGAUCUGGUGAAACAGAUAACUUCCAUUCAUCACGUUGUCGCCACAGUGGACAGGAAGAGCAAACCGCCCUGACCUGCACACUGAAGCUGCAACCAGAUAGGAGAAGAAUCCCAUAAAUUGUCAUGGCAAUUUAGAAGUGUGUCUAGAUGUGGGUUUUGAAGCGAAUCAUUAUGCUCCGUUACAACGUUGUAUGUCACUGUAAUAAUGCUAAUACGCACAGGAUUUAAUGGUUUUUUUUUUUGUUUUUGUUUUGUCUAGCUUUUGUGCAGCAGUGAGCUGUGUCUAAAAUGUCUUCAAACUUCAGAAAAUCUAAAAACAGUUUGCAUUAUUAAAAAAAAAAAAAGUGAGCUUCCUGUCUGAAAAAGCUUAAAAGCAAAAGUUCAGAAGCGUACAUGGUAACUGCCAUUAAUUCAACUAAUACUGCGUGUCUUUAAAUGUGCAUAUAAAUCCUUCAAGAGACCAAACAAUAAAUCUGCCUUUGUGGGUAAAUGCACUCAGUAAUGUUGAUUGAAUAAUAAUAACAAGAAGAAUUGUAAGGAUUAAAUGUGCAUUUUUCAUCCGUUGAUUGAAAACCCAUUUAUAGAUAAAGUUCCCACCUGAAUUGUAUGUUGCAAUAAUUAGUUUGGACAUCCAUCCUGUCUUCCUUCCUUCCUUCCUUCCUUCCUUCCUUCCUUAGCUUCCAACCCAAUUAACAGUGGACUGAACCUUUAUACUGGCGUGCUCUUAGGCUCUUUUGUGUGUUUUAUUAUUCAACCAUUUCUUAUGUUCUGGAUUUUUUUUUCUUUUUUUUGUUCAAAUUUAUUUAUUUAGUCAUUAUUUAUGCAUGCAGUGACAUUGUUUACAUUUAACAGAGAGAGAGGGAGAGAGAUGCUGAGCUGCUCACGGUCCAAAGGCUUUUUUUUUUUGUUGUUGUUUUUUUUAAUUUAUUUAUCGUCACUUUACAUCUAACCCCAUUUCUGAGUUGAUGUCUCUCCCUAAUGCCAUCCAAUACACAUGAAGAUAAUAUGGCUACUCCCUGACCUUUUAUUUAUAGAUCACCAGUGACCCAAAUCUGUGUAUUAUUUCUCCCGGCCUGUCAUAAUUAAAGCUAUGCUGACUUUCUUAUUUAAGCCGUCAGCAGCCUCUCUCAGAUUAUCAGCAGCAGGCUCAUUCCCGGCAACAUUAUGUGUAUUUAUUGGUUAUUUAUUCUGACUUAUUUUGCACUUUUGCUUUUGUUAAGGGAAAUAAAGAGUGCAGACAGGCCUCGGGAUGCUGCUGUCAGAGUAACAAAGUACUUGGAUCACCACAGAAUGAAGCUAAAUCCUCUGGUGGUUUGAAUUACGACGGUGAACGCUCCUGCAAAACAUUCAUUUGAGAGUGUCAGAUCUGCGCUAUGAGUAAAGGCCAGUGCCUUCUGUCCACGCACAAGCAUUGCGUUGGUCUAUUUACAUACCUUUAAGCUUCACCUAUCCCCCACUUUUGUUUUGUGGAAAAUCAUUCAUUCAAACCCAUUUUUUUUUCACGACAGCAUAAACAAAAACCAGAGGAUGUUUUUAAGAAAAAUAGGUUGGAAAGGAAAAAAAAAAAAAAAAAAAAAUGUUGAGGCCUUGCUGAUGUCUGUGAGGUGACAGUUUUUACGUGGCAUAAGCUGAAAAAUAUUUCUGAGCUUUGCCUUUACAAAAAAUCUUUUAUUUUAUAUUCACUUGUUUGAUUUUACAUGUUUCUAUGUGAAUCAGGUUUUUGGUAUUUUAUGAUUUUCUUCUCUUGCUGGUGUAUUUUGUCUCUCCUUAUCUCAUCAGUGAUAGCAAGGGGAAGUGUCGUUUCAUACACGUUUUGUAAAGGGCCAAAAGCGACGUAAUGCCGAAAAGUCGGGUACUGACAAUAAUUUGUUAUUGAUUGAUUCAUAUUUCGCGUUGUUCAUUGCGGAGUCAAACAAUAAUACCAUGUGAUUCAGAUACGGCAUUAUAAUCUGUUGUGUAAUGACCCAAAUGUUCUUUCAUAUUAAAUAUUGACCCCAGUUCACCAAAUGGAACUUGCUUAAAGGUUAUGACGAGGUAGCUCUAGCUGGAACAGGAAAAGGGAAUAGCCAUUCGUCACGUAAUCGCACAUUCAUAUCACGAUUCUAAAAUUACUUCCUAAUCUAUGUGAAGAAGUUACAGUAAAGGGAAAGAGUGACUUAAAAAGAAAGCAUAUAUGGUAUUCCUAUUGUUUUUCUUUUCUUUUCUUUUCUUUUUUUUGCUAUGUGUAAAAUCUUCAGAUUAAACAGUAAUAGCACCAGUGUUUUAACAGAACCCCCCCCCCAAACAAACUCCAACAUGGGCUUUGGUUUAAAACUGAUAUCUGUGAAUUUGUGACAGCAUUUGUAGUGCCUUAAGUUGGACUUUUUCCAGUUUCACUUCAAUUACCGCUGUGGUAAUGAUAUAUCCCACCCUGAACUGUUAGCUAGCUGUAUCACCCCCAACAACAUCUGUGUGUCAACAACUAUUGGUUUUUAACAUUUAAUAUGUUUAGGUGUUGCUGUUAUUUUUAUUUCAUCAUUUAAAAAUGUUUAAAUCCAACAAAACUUCCAAAACAGCAUCAACCUUUUUGGGGAAAUCUACCUAUUUGCGCUAAUGCUAACUACGACGCUAACUGUUAGCCUAGCAGCAAGUUAAAACCACAACUUGUAAUUUUCCCACAUUGUGUUUCACUUAAACAAUUUUAAAUAAAACAAGCUUUAAAAGUGAGGGUGAGGUAGUUUUGUUUUUUUAAUCAUGGCAGAGCCAGGCUAGGCGAAUCUAAGCUAACCUGCUGCGGCAUGUAGCUUCAUAUUUAGCGCAUGAAAACGAAAGCUUCUCACCGGAAUCAUGGAUAGAAAGUAUAUGAUGUUUAAUAUAUAAAAUAUGUAUAUUUAAUAUACAUUUUCCAAGAACACGUAAAAGAUGUUAAUUGGUGCAAUCGUGUAACUAAAACAAGCAACUCGGAUAUUAAUAAUAAUAUUUCUCAAAUUAAUACAGAAUCUUUGUCCUUUUUAAAGUAAAGUUAGAUUCCAGCUUGACCCUGUUGGGUUUUGCUAAACAGCCCAGAUUGUAAGCUAUGAUACAUAUGACUACGGCGGCAUUUGUCUCGACAUAUUGAAUCCUUAAAGGUCAGGAUGGGAAACAUGGUAUCACUUAACAUAUUGUAGCACUCUGGGCUCAUAAAUGUGGUCAUGACCACAAACAAACUGGCUCAUACCACCCAUCACUGUCUCACCACUACAAACAACAAUGUAGAUGUAGAGGAAACGGGAUCUUUUGGAUGCGAAGGUCAUCCAUCUAUGCAAUAACGACCACUGACAUCAUCUUCACCUUUAAGAAUUCAAUCGCUGACCUCCGGAGGAAGCGUUGCUACCUCUGGCAGCCUGUUCAAGCACUUCCAGAAAUACUAAGCUUCCUUUUCCUUGUUCUGUUCAGUUUGCAUCCUUGUUAUAUCCGCAUGGUGUAAUUUGAAAGUCUAAACAAUGUUUUAUCGUCAGAGUCUCAUCAGUAUUUUUUCCAUUUUGCAAUUUGUGCCCAUUUUGCUUGUGAGGAGUUCUGUCAAUGUGAAUUAUCUGAAGGAGCACUUAAUCGAACUAACCCCAUAAAGCCGAGCAGCUUCUUUGGAAAAAUCAGUGACAUUUUGAAGUAAUCUAAUAGAAGCGCAUCUUACAGCGGUCGUCUGGGGGAACAUAUGAUGCUCAGCGGUGUGUUCAGGGACAAUGACGGUAGAAUUUUAUUUAUAGUUUUACUCAGACUUCUAGAAACGUUCAUGUCUGAAAACAAAUCACCAAGCGCUCCUGACGUUUUCAGAUAUUUGUUACUACGUAGCCUGCUUCUGUCAAACAUUUGUUAACCUCUCCUUCAAUACUCCAUGGCCUCUAAAUGUGUCCAGGAAAAUUCGCACAAGAUGAAUGUACGUGUGUGUCUUGACAUCUCUUUUAUGUUUUCUGUUCAUGUCUUAUUUUUUUUUUUUUUUAUAGUAAAACUUUAGUAUGUAUUCAUUUUUAAAAGUACCGUUUGAAAUUACAACUUGUGAAUAAACCAAAAGGUUUGCGUUCUUGAUCCCGUUUGGGAUUCGGAACAAACUGGAGUGGA